AUGGUACUGGGGUACAUUGGUGCUCGAAGCGUGAAAUGGGUGUACAGGAUCAAGGCUAUUGAGAAAUCCUUCACUCGGACCAGUCCAAAGCAGAGAAUAUCUCUAUUUCAACCAGCAGACGGGCGAGCACAACCAACAACCAACGGACGGCAUUCAGAUUCAGAAAAUGCCCGUGAGCUCCGCCAUCAUGUCUCCGUGGACGCGUUUCAGGACCGGUACAACCAAUAUCAACAGCGGGCCAUGUACCGAAAUAGUGGGCAGUGA